ACUUUUUUAUUUUAUUUUUUUUAUUCAUCCCAACCCUUUUACAACAGCUAUCAAACACCACACCACUCUGCUUCCUCAUGAGCUGUUGGCUUCGAAUUUCCUUUCUCCCCAUUCGCUUCGUCCCUUUCCACCUAAGGUUCAGAGGUCAGUGUGGGGUGUUGUGUAGAAACUACUGCAAUAACAGAGACAAUCGAGGUGAAACUAUGGAGCAUGUUGUGUGUGAUGGUGCUCAAGUAAUGGUGGGAGAUCCUCAAUUGCUGCAGAGCAAAAUAUCAUCUAUUCGACGCGAUGGCCCUUUAAGAUUGCAGGUUAUUGCAGAUUUUGACGCCACGCUAACUAAGUAUAUGGUCAAUGGGCAGCGAGGGCAUAGUAGUCAUGCCCUCCUGCAACAGGGUAAUCCUGAGUAUGAUUUAAAGAGGCAGAAAUUAUAUGAUCAUUACCAUCCAUUAGAAAUUGACCCAACCAUUCCUCUUGACGAGAAAGCAAAACUUAUGGAAGAGUGGUGGGAAAAAUCACACGGCCUUCUUGUUGAGGGAGGACUCAACUUUGAUGCUAUAAGGAGCUCUGUGGUUAAAUCAAGGAUCGCAUUUAGAGAUGGGGUUACUGAACUCUUUGAACUGUUGGAGAGGUGUAAUGUUCCCGUCCUUAUAUUUUCUGCUGGACUUGCAGAUAUUAUUGAAGAGGUGUUGAGACAAAAACUCCAUAGGCCCUUUAAGAAUGUUAAAAUUGUAUCCAACCGGAUGGUUUUUGACAAGAAUGGUAACCUUGUAUCAUUUAAGGGGAAAACAAUUCAUGUAUUGAAUAAGAACGAGCAUGCAAUUGACAUGGCUGGUCCUGUUCAUGAGGAGCUUGGUUACUCAGAAGAGUCCACACCUGACACCUCCUCUGUGAAACUGAGAACUAAUGUGCUACUUCUGGGUGAUCAUAUUGGAGAUCUUGGAAUGUCUGAUGGUCUGAACUACAAUACAAGAAUAUCAGUGGGAUUCCUGAAUGACAACAUUGAGAGCUCCAGUGACGGUUACCGGAAGGCCUUUGAUGUUGUGUACUUGAACGACGCAUCCAUGUGGGGAGUUGUUAAGCUUGCAUCUCAGCUUUGCUCAACUGUAUGUAAUGGAAGUGAUAAUCAGUGAUCCCUUAUUCCAAAAGUGAAAUCACUGUACCUGCACUGCCAGCCGAAUUUUGGUCAAGUGUUCUCUUCAACCUCGGGAUUCAAUCGCACCAUGAUAUCUUUAUUUGUUUUGGUGCAAUGAAAUUAUUUUCUUUGUUACGUUGGUCACUACGACUAUGACUAUCAAUAUCAUCUAUCAGUAUAGCUUGUACUUUUGGUGGAAGUAUAUAAAGAAGGAUGACAUAUAUAUGUGUUCAACUCAUUUACAUUUCUCCGAAAAUUGGUUAUUGAUGUGAAGGCCAAAGGUUAGGAGAGCCAAAACUAAGCUUAGUGCACAAUUAGCACUUUACCUUAUCAUGUAAAAAAUUAAAAUUAGGCAUAGCUGAAAAGGGGUUUAUUAUCUCUACAAGUUUUCAGCUUCUAAUGCUUCCAAUGGUAAGGAUCCCUUAGUAUCAUCUUCUCCUUCCGUUCCUGCUUCCUUGUGUGGAUGCAGGCAUUCGGUGUAAUGGAACUCGAUUUGCAGGCGAUGAUGAAGAGGUGUCGAUGCCAGCAGCCCCUUUUUCAGGUCAGCUAGCAACUCCCUGAUGGGGAUUGCAGCCAGAAAGCUAUUGAUGUACUCUUUGCACGACUCUUUGCCCGUGCAGACGACGCUUGAUUCUUCCAAAUUCUUUCCUUCAGCAUGAUUACUGGUAACCACUUCUUUCCCAGUAGAGCCCUCCUUAUCCUCGUUCUGCUCUGGUUUAUCCUCGGCAGGUUUAUUGUGAGUCUCGUUGGUGAUCUGAUGAAUCGUGGAAUCUCUAUCAAAUUUCAAGAUGAAGGCUUGGUUGCAGCCUUCGUAGAGCCUCUCACCCAGAGUGUCAAUGAUGUAGUAUGCAUCUUGUUCGACCUUCAAGACGAAGAAGUGAUCGUUCCAGCUGAUGAUGUAGACGAGGGGGCGAGCGGAGGAAGGCAUCUCUGAGGCAGAUGCAGAGAUUUCAUCCCAUAUGUUGUCAAAUGACAUGGCACCUUGGAGGAAAUCACACCCUUUGUCAUCCAAUCCAUCCGGAUGGAAAAAUCCGACGAAUGAUUUCUCCGGAACAACAGAAAGUGGCCGGACCUUUGCCUCCAGCACUGUCUCGAGAUCGAAAUGCUUGUCCGGGAAGCGUUCCCUGUAGGCCUCAUUGUCACAGAGGCUCCUCCACUCCAGUGAUCCUUCACGGAUGAGGCUGUCAAGCUGGGACUUGAUCGGCAUCUCAUUGUCGUUGGAUUGCAGCCAGUUGGCUAUCACAGCAACCAGAGCUGUGCAUGCACUUUCACCGGCUGCACGUUCGUGCCUCUGGUCGAUUGAGGCGAAGAAAACUUGUGUUUUAAGCUUCAUGUGUCCAUCGCGGCUCGUGAUCUCCCUAUCCUCCCAGGCACCGACGGCGAAACCAUCGUCUCCAAAUGCGGAGGCACGUGCACCGGAACUCUCCCCAUCUUUCUGCAUAGUGUAAAAGACAAAUUCAGCAACAAUGCAUCUAGAAACAAUAGUAUGGCGAUGAUCGGAAACCAUACCGUUAAGGUGGAUUCAUCUGAGGAGCUAAGCUGCCUCCGAUCAAAAUCAAUAUCGUCUCCGCCUUCCUCACCGUAGUACUUCUUCAGCAACGGCUCCCCCUUCAUCUUGGGAGACUUGAAGCUCAACUUCCGCUUCCUCCAUGGCAGAAGCCGACGCUUCGCGUUCUGCUCCUGCAUCAGAUGAUCAGGAGGUGACGUGGGCUUGGUGUGAUGGGUGUAGUAGAGCCAGUCCUCGUCCUCGCCGCUGCUCGUGUUGGAGUGAGCCGCCGCUGACACUGCUCCGGCGUGGUUGGCAUAGGCCAAAGUCCCAUAACUAAAAGACUUCCUGUCGCCAGAAUCCUCUUCGGAGAGGCCUUCACCGGAGGCGUGGCCGUCUGAAUCGGAGGAGUCGAGCGGGUAGACACCACCCUCGCUCCUCUCGGAGCUGCCGCCGUCGUCUUCUUGACCUGCCCUUUUGGGUCUGAGCGCGGAGAGACCCUUGAAGAUGUUGACUCUAAUGGGGCUGCUGUUGGCCUUGAGAUCUUGCUUCUCUGUGGAGAACAUUUCACCAUAGCAUGGUGAUCGAGGAAACAAGAGAAUGGGUUUAGGCGCUGCUUCAGCUUGAUCUUGGACAUUUCUCAAUUCAACAAGAUGGAUUGAAAGCUGCAUUACAAUAAGAAACACAAGAUGGGUUUAAUUUAUUGAAAUUCAGCUUUGAAUUAAAACUUAAUCCUAUGCGGAAGUUGAUAAGUAAUUAUAGGGUAGUUCAGAAGUCAAAACUGUUUUUGAAUCUGCAUUUCAAAGUAAUCUCAGUUCAGUUCCUGUGUUCUGACGAAGAGAACAA